AUGCUGCUCCCGCACGUGCGCACGGUGCCCUCCGCACAAAUUCCGCUUCCGGGGUCGUCGCCGGAAGUGCCGCUCUCCACUUCUGGCCACGCCCCCAAGGGAUACAAGAGCCGCGUACCAAAGAAAUGUCAGAAGGCCCGGGAACAUUUUGGUUCAGUAAAAACACAGCUGGCAUCUUUGAAGACCAAGUUCCCUGCUGAUCAGUACUACAGGUUUCAUGAACACUGGAGGUUUGUGCUACAGCGGCUGGUGUUCCUGGCAGCAUUUGUGGUCUACUUGGAAACUGAAACGUUAGUCACUCGAGAAGCUGUUGCAGAAAUACUUGGAAUUGAGGCUGAUCGAGAGAAGGGCUUUCACCUGGACAUUGAAGAUUAUCUCUCUGGCAUUUUAACUUUCGCCAGUGAGCUGUCUCGGCUGGCAGUGAAUAGCGUCACAGCCGGCGAUUAUUCUCGUCCUCUCCGCAUCUCCACGUUUAUCAACGAGUUGGAUUCUGGCUUCCGUCUCCUCAACCUCAAGAAUGACUCGUUGAGGAAACGCUAUGACGGCCUGAAGUACGACGUGAAGAAGAUUGAGGAAGUGGUGUAUGAUCUGUCAAUCCGGGGACUCAACAAGGAGACGAGUAGUGCAGGCGGAGAAAAAUAGAAGCUGCUUGUCUCGGCAGCACCAUUGAUUACCUCAGAUGGUUGCCAAUGAGGGAGGGGUGCUGGCAAAGCUCUCCUGCUUAGUUUAGAAAAACUACAAGUUGAAAACUGCUCUCUAUUUUCUUAACAAAUGUUUAGUACAGGUGUUAGACCUUGAACCAUUUUGUACCACCCUGUCUCAGUAAAGGCAGCAGGCUUUCUGUGACGUUACUCUGUCGUAAUUCCAUGUGGCUGUCCUGUGAACCUUAGCCAUAACUGUUGAUAACUUCCCUCAGUCCCAUUUCCUACUUAGCGUUACUCCUGCUGCCCUGAUGUAUUGUCCUGCUUCUGCUUUCUGUGCCCAUGCAUCCUCAGUGGUGCGUGUGUGGCAUGCAGCUUAGUGCAGAUACAGGUGGCAUUUUAGGAGCCACAGUGUGUAAAUACCUAGAUCUCUUUUUAAGAUACUAAACUUUAACAACCUUUUAAAAAAAAAAAAAAAUCCCAUCCCCUUUGAGUCGAGCAGAAGAGACUGGCGUAACGGUUUGUUAUGCUGACCUUAUUAACCAGUGUAUUAAAAAGCCCUUAACUGCAAAGCUCGGAUAAGAAGCUGGUGUAGACCAGUCUCCCAGAUAACUUUGGCAAACACCAUCCGGGCAUCUCCGCUGUUUUUGUUUUUUUUGUUAAAACAGGAUUUGUGUUACCAGGACAAGAGCAGAGUUUCUCCAAGUGUCUCCUUUCGCUGGUGUUUUGUUGCUGUCAGUGUUGAAUUUUAAAGUGAACUGCAUAUCCUGAACUGAACUCUCAGUGUACUUGCUUUUCUGGCUGUCAAGGCUUCCUAGUAGAGCUAGGCUAAUAGCUGCCUGGUUGAAGUGCAGGUAACUUGUCAGUUCUGAGUAACUUGUUCCCAAAUAGGCCAAAAGUUUUAUAUUUUUUUUUUUAUUUUUAUUUUUUUUAAAGAUCCAAGGUAGCUAGUUCAUGUAGUGAUGGGUUUGUAUUUGAAGGAGUUCAGCUUAUUAGUCAAGCUUGCAUAGUAGAUUUUUCUAAGUCCAAGCCUUUAUAUCAUGUGUGUAAACUUGAAAACUCUCACUUCACGGGACGAAAGCCUCCUUUCCUAGGAAAGGUAUUUGAAUUGUAUGUUU